AUGUGGAGGGCAAAAGCUCUGAAAGCGUCGCUGAGAUUCGGGGCGACGGUCCGGACUCCGUACCCAUUAGCCAUGGGGGCUCUCGAGUGGAGAGCAUCGAGGUCCCCGGUAACCGCUAGUGCCUACGCGAACGGAUGCCGUCCUCCUCCUCCUUUCCCGUCCUCAGACGACCGUGCUCUCGACACAGCCCGGUCAGGGACCCGGUUCAAACUCGGCACGAGACCGCAAACAUCUUCACGCAUGACGGGUCUGCCGCUGUGCGACUCGAGGAGUCCCUCCCCUGAGCUCUCUCCCUCUUUCGUCCCUUCCUUCCUUCUAAACGAGCGAGGAAGAGGGAGAGGAGGAGGGAGAGGGAAGAGUCGCUUUUUCCGUUCAGCUGUAGCAGGCGACAAGAGGGCGCUAGACGACGGCGGAAGGAUGCGACGACGACGGUGGAUGGAAGGAUGGUGGCCCCGCCCCCGUCCCCCGCCCGCGCGGAAAGCAGCGGCAGCGGCAGCCGCGCCUGAGCGCAGAGCGCAGAGCGCAGCAGAGGAGCGCUCCCCAGAGCCAGCGGGUGUCUUGGGCGGAGGGGAGCGGGUUCGUAUUCCGGACGAAGCGAGGAGAGGAGGUCGAGGAGGUAAAAGCAGCGACGCCCGCCAGUGGCACGAAGCGGUUUCGCUUUCCGUCGAUUUGUCGAAGAGGGUGCGGCAGCGGCGAUCGGGAUGCCGCAGGGAGAAGAAAAGGUUUCGGUGCAUUUUUGGAGAAAGUCGAGGGCCCGAGGCGCUGCGCCGAAUGCAGCCGUUUGAGAAGCCAUCGCUCGCUCGUCUGGCCGAGUGUGGACACGUUCGUGGCCUUCCUGGAGCUCGGCGGCUCCGGAGCUUGAGAGCAUUGCCUGAUGACGGCAAUUUCUGCUCGCGGAAGCAACUCGCCCUGCAAUCCGAGCGUGUCUCCUCCAAAACGCGAUCGUAG